AUGAAAUCCACAUUUUUCUUCUUUAUCCUUCUUGCAACAUUAUGUACGGUACUGGUGCCAAUUAACGCCGCAAAAGUUGCCUAUGCAUAUUUUAACCAUAAUGUCACAGGACGCUAUACAUUCAUUUGGAAUGAAGAUGUCAUGGAAAUCGUAAUUGAAAUUAAAGAUGGUUUAAAAUAUGGUGAAAAAUAUCCUUAUCAUGUUCACGAAUUUGCCAUUUCAGACGAUCAUAACUGUACUACUGCUGGUGGCCAUCUUGAUCCUGACGGUUUUGGCGUAGAGGGAUAUGUUUGUGAUCCUAAACAAAAAGAUAAAUGCGAAGUUGGUGACUUGAGCGGUAAAUAUGGUGACUUGGAGCCGAAAAAAGAUGGAUAUGUUUAUGAAGAUAUCUAUGAUUACUUCCUAAAAUGGGAUGGCCCGGCUGGUAUUACAGGUCGCUCGAUUGUCAUUCACUUAUCCGAC